AUUUACUAAUAGCUUUGUCAGAGAAUGACAAACUUGUUCAAAGAAUACCUUUCCAUAUUAUUAAAACCAUUUAUUCGAGUCGGUUGAAAAUCCUUGUUGAAUGAACGGGAAAUACAACAAGAAAACGAUUUAUUCAUAUUACUUUGUUUACUGUGCAGUCAAAAGGUGAAUAACUGUUAGCAUGAGUUUGAUGCAGUUAAUUUUUAUUUUGUAUGGAGUGGUCAAUCAAGCCAUUGGAGUUGCACUACCAAAAGCAGAAAGUGAGAUAGAGGGUAGUGAAUCGGUUAGCAUUGGGGUACCGCCAGUACUAACCUUCAAAGAUGGUUAUAUUGGAGUUAACUUUUUAGGAUUUAAAGCCUCAGCAGGGCUUGGAGGCCUUCUUACAAGGGAUAUGUCUCAAGGAGGUCUUCACGCAGAAGCCGAAACUCCUUUUGGACAAAAAGCCGGUGCUGGAUUGGGAGGAAAAGUUGACGGAAAUGGUCAGGCUGUUGGUGGGCUUUUUUCAGGCGCCACUACAGGAGGUCAAGUUGGAGCCAUAGCUGGUUUAGACGGAAUAGUAGAUGCAGACAAAUCAGCCGGAAGAUCAUAUGCAGGCGUAUCGGCUGGUAGAGUAGGCAAGAUAGUUAACGAGCGGUUUCGUUUACCAGCGGUUGCUACAGGAGGAAGAUAUUUAAAUUAUUACGACUGUAUCUUGCUUAGUAACAAUUGCUAGAAUUCUGCAUAAAUAAGAAAACUUAAAAAUAAUGUUAAUAUUUAAAUUAAAAUAUAUUAAGAAAAUUAAUAAAAUAAAAAAUAUAUUGACUAAGAACUUAUAAGUUACUGAGCUGAAGUAGAAAAGCAGUUAAUUUCACAAAUAAUAAGAAAAAAAAGUUUACAUAAUAAGCCAAAAAAAGAACAUACUGGAAACAAAAGGACAUAUAUAGAACAUAUGGAAACAAAAGACCUAUAAACUACUUUUAUUAAACUUAAAGUAACUUCUUUUUUUCCUUCCCAAUUUUAUGAUAAAAUUUUAUAGUAUUAUAUAUUUUGCUUAAUCAGUUAUUUUAUAUUGUUUAUGUUAAGAAAAAUAUAUUUUUGCUUGUUU